AGGGGCGCAGUGCGCAGGCGCGAGCGGUCAGAGUCGGACGCGCGCGGCGCUUGUUUGAGGCAGGAGUUUGUGGGUGAAGGGACCCCGCUGGUCUGUCAGCGAGCAGGGGAACGAGCACCGCCUCGACCGGCCAUGGCAGCCCUGCGCUACGCGGGCCUGGACGACACGGACAGCGAGGACGAGCUGCCUCCGGGCUGGGAGGAGAGAACCACCAAGGACGGCUGGGUUUACUAUGCCAACCACACUGAGGAGAAGACUCAGUGGGAACAUCCAAAAACUGGAAAGAGAAAGCGAGUAGCAGGAGACUUGCCUUACGGAUGGGAGCAAGAAACUGACGAGAACGGACAAGUGUUUUUUGUUGAUCAUAUAAAUAAAAGAACCACCUAUUUGGACCCCAGACUGGCGUUCACUGUGGAUGAUAACCCGACCAAGCCAACCACCAGACAGAGGUAUGACGGCAGCACCACGGCCAUGGAGAUCCUCCAGGGCCGGGAUUUCUCUGGCAAAGUGGUCGUCGUCACUGGAGCCAACUCAGGAAUUGGGUUUGAAACUGCCAAGUCUUUUGCCCUCCACGGUGCCCAUGUGAUCCUGGCCUGUAGGAAUAUGACAAGAGCCAGCGAAGCCGUGUCACGCAUUUUAGAAGAGUGGCAUAAAGCCAAGGUGGAAGCAAUGACCCUGGACCUCGCGCUGCUCCGUAGCGUGCAGCAUUUCGCCGAAGCGUUCAAGGCCAAGAAUGUGCCCCUUCAUGUACUUGUGUGCAACGCAGCUGUGUUCGCUCUGCCUUGGGGUCUCACCAAAGACGGUCUAGAGACCACCUUCCAAGUGAAUCACCUGGGACACUUCUACCUUGUCCAGCUCCUCCAGGAUGUCCUCUGUCACUCGGCCCCAGCCCGUGUCGUUGUGGUCUCCUCGGAAUCCCACCGAUUCACAGACAUUAACGAUUCCUCAGGGAAACUUGACUUCAGCCGCCUUUCUCCAUCCAAAAGCGACUACUGGGCCAUGUUGGCGUAUAACCGCUCCAAACUCUGCAACAUCCUGUUCUCCAAUGAGCUCCACCGCCGCCUGUCCCCACGUGGGGUCACGUCCAAUGCCGUGCACCCCGGGAACAUGAUGUACUCCAACCUGCACCAUAACUGGUGGGUGUACACGCUGCUUUUCACCCUGGCGCGGCCCUUCACCAAGUCCAUGCAACAAGGAGCUGCCACCACAGUGUACUGCGCAGCCUCCCCGGAACUGGAGGGCCUGGGAGGAAUGUACUUCAACAACUGCUGUCGUUGUGUAUCCUCCUCGGAAGCGCAGAGCGAGGACACGGCCCGGGCCCUGUGGGAGCUCAGUGAGAGGCUGGUCCAGGAGCGGCUCGGGAGCCAGUCCGGCUAAG